GGCUAACUACUGAUGAUAUAAGUGAAGGAGGAGGACAGUCGGAAAUCAUGGAUCGAACCUCGCUCGCUCACUUUCCCUCUCCUUUUUGAAAAAACCCUUCCGCGACCGCCAUCGCCAUCGCUGCCGGACUGACCGCGAAACCUGCAAUCCACACUACUACUUCUCCCAAUCCCUGAGCUCGUCUCCGAGGAGAAGAGGGGAAAUGCCGAGGGAAAUCAUAACUCUGCAGGUGGGGCAAUGCGGGAACCAGAUCGGGAUGGAGUUCUGGAAGCAGCUCUGCCUCGAGCACGGCAUCAGCAAGGAAGGCAUCCUCGAGGACUUCGCCACCCAGGGAGGUGAUCGUAAAGAUGUUUUCUUCUAUCAAGCUGAUGAUCAGCAUUAUAUUCCACGUGCCUUGCUGAUAGAUUUGGAGCCUAGAGUAAUUAAUGGCAUCCAGAACAGCGAGUACCGAAAUCUCUACAAUCAUGAGAAUAUAUUUGUCGCAGACCAUGGUGGAGGUGCCGGAAAUAACUGGGCUAGUGGAUAUCACCAGGGGAAGGGUGUUGAAGAAGAUAUAAUGGACAUGAUUGAUAGAGAAGCAGAUGGUAGCGAUAGCCUUGAGGGUUUUGUACUUUGUCAUUCUAUUGCUGGAGGAACUGGCUCAGGCAUGGGUUCAUAUCUAUUGGAAACGCUUAAUGAUCGUUACAGCAAAAAGCUUGUUCAGACAUACAGUGUAUUUCCUAAUCAGAUGGAGACAAGUGAUGUUGUAGUGCAGCCUUAUAACUCACUGUUGACACUCAAGCGCCUCACACUCAAUGCCGACUGUGUUGUUGUUCUCGAUAAUACGGCUUUGAACAGAAUUGCUGUGGAUCGCCUUCACUUGAGUAACCCAACAUUUGCUCAAACUAAUUCACUGGUAUCAACCGUAAUGUCUGCAAGUACAACUACAUUGCGGUAUCCAGGAUACAUGAAUAAUGACUUGGUUGGCCUUCUUGCCUCGCUAAUUCCAACACCAAGAUGCCAUUUUCUAAUGACUGGUUAUACACCACUUACUGUUGAGCGUCAGGCUAAUGUGAUAAGGAAAACCACAGUGCUGGAUGUUAUGAGAAGACUUCUGCAGACGAAAAAUAUAAUGGUCUCAUCUUAUGCACGGAACAAAGAAGCCAGUCAAGCGAAAUACAUAUCUAUACUUAAUAUCAUUCAAGGAGAAGUCGACCCUACUCAGGUCCAUGAAAGCUUGCAGAGGAUACGCGAAAGGAAGCUUGUCAAUUUCAUUGAGUGGGGCCCUGCAAGUAUUCAGGUUGCUCUAUCCCGAAAAUCUCCAUAUGUUCAAACUGCUCAUAGGGUGAGUGGUCUGAUGCUGGCCAGUCAUACAAGUAUACGGCAUCUCUUCAGCAAGUGUCUCAACCAGUAUGAGAAGCUGAGGAAGAAACAAGCUUUCCUUGAUAAUUAUCGCAAGUUCCCGAUGUUUGCUGAUAACGAUCUCUCAGAAUUUGAUGAAUCGAGAGAUAUAAUAGAGAGUUUGGUUGAUGAGUACAAGGCCUGUGAGUCUCCCGAUUACAUCAAGUGGGGAAUGGAGGACCCUGAUCAUGUUCUUACUGGAGAAGGCAAUGCUAUGGGAACUGUGGAUCCCAAAUUAGCAGUGUAAAUGUGUCUGUGGAAAUACAAUGAAGUGUCACGGGGCUGAGCUACAUGCUGCAUAAUAUGGGGCUUGUUAAUAGCUGUACUAUAGAUUGGGGGAUGUAAUGUUGUGCAGUGCUGUCUGGAUCUGGAGUAAUUAGCAUCAGAAUCACCGAAGCUUUCAUGUUAUAGAUUGACUUGCUCGGUUAAGAGGUUUGCAGUGAGUUGCAAUGCUAUGGAAAGUCCCCUAGAGCUUUGACGCCUCCAUUUCAGAUCUAGAGUCGGUGGUGCAGAUAUUCCUCAUAGGGUGUUGAGAUCACAAAUUUACGGCUCCUGGUCCAGAAUCAGAUCUGUUUGGGUGUUUUUAUUGAGUGUUCUUUGUGGUCCAUUAUUCCUGGAGGCAGCAGUGAGAUGGGAUUUGGCAAAAGUGUUGCCCCCACGAAUUAUAUGUUACGGCGGCUUUCUUUCUGUGUGCUGGCUGCUCCAUGUGCUUCGGUGUGAUACAGUUAUCUGCUCUUGCAUGCUAGAAGUUUGUUUUUUUUCCCUCUA